CCCGAAUCAUCCUCUAGCAGCUCUCCUUUUCGAGCCCUAAUUGUUUCUAAAAAUUUUUCUUUUUCUGCUUGUUUUUUCUUCCUCAAUUGUUUUUUCCUAUCACGAUUAGAUUCUCCAGAAAAUAAUCUUUUUGGUUUUAUUUUUUUAUAAAAUUUGGAUUUUCUCUUCAAUUUUGUCGCACUGGAUCCUUGUGAUGUUUCAGAGGCAACUUCAAAGCCUUCCAUCAUCCAUUUAUGUCCUCUUCUUUCAUCUGGAUCUACUUGAGCUUCCUCCUCCUUUUGUAUUACUUUAUCCAUUUCUUCUUUAGUUAUCCCAUCUUCGCCUUCCGGUUCCCAUUUUAAUUCUGACAAUUCUGGAAAUUCUCUUUUCAUUCUGGCAAUUCCAGAAUAACCAACAAAAUCUCUUAAAGCUUUUCUUGCUUCUGGAUUGGUUUUCAAUUCUUAAUUUUUUUAAUGUAUUGAAGGAAAGGCUUGAUUUGAUCUUUCGAUUUUAAUAUUAAUAAUUCUUACCUGGUGCUUGAAUGUUCUUUAUAUAAAAAAACUGCAUUCUCUCAGCCUCUCUAGCAUUAGGGCCAGGAGGAUUUGAUAUUGAGUUGAUUAUAAAAUCUGUGAUUUUUCCCCUAAUCCAAUUAAUGUGUUGCGUAUAUUCGUCAUUAUUCCAUUCAACCCUAUGUUCUUGCAGUGAUUCUAUCUCUAGCCAUUUCAAUACCACUCUUUCUGGACUUCCAACAACAAUGUAUGUAUCAAGCUUAUCAAGAACAAAUUCGUUUAGAUCAACCUGA